GAUUAAUUAGGGCAUUAGAUUUUGAAAUUGAAUCUAAUUUCAGAAUUUCCCUUCUCUCUCUGAAGUAAAAAACACUUUUUUCUCUUCUUCUUUUUUAUGUUUACUGCAAAUCGUGAUUUUUGAAUGUGAAAGAAAAAGGAAACAAUGGCCGAAAGCGAAACCGUCACGGCGACGAAACCAAGAGUUCGUCGUUUCGUAAGAUUUGGGAUUUUUCUAAUCUCUCACAGUAACUAUGUUAGCUUCAUUGGUUUCGUAUCAGGAAUCGUUGCUCUUCUUCUUCUACCUAUACUCGCUAAGAAUACUUACAUUUCCGAAAAUGCCCUCAUGCCAGGUUCUGCUAACAACAUGCUCUCUACUCAACACGUUUUCCACGCUACCGAAUUCGUCAAUGAUUUAACUGGUUCUGUCAGUGAAAGUCAUAAAAUUAUUGCACAGUAUAUGUCAGCAUUGGAGGCUGAGGUUACUUAUCACAAGUUCCAUCCUCAACUGAAUCAGUUUAGUCCACUGCACUUUUUCACAAGUCCCGAUUCGGGUAUAGUCUCAAAAAAUAUAAGCUGUUCAUCACUUGGAAUCAACAUUGCUGGAAUUAUUAGAGCACCACGGGGUGAUGGCAAGGAAUCUAUUGUCUUGGUAACGCCUUACAAUCCAAGGAGAGUUGGUCCAGGAGAGGCUUUGUCUUUGGGCAUUGCUUACUCGGUGUUCUCACUGCUUUCACGGGUUACUUGGUUGGCGAAGGACGUCAUAUGGCUUGUGGCAGAUUCACAAUACGGAGAAUAUUCGGCAGUAUCUGCUUGGCUAAGAGAAUACCAGGCUCCUGCAUUCCGUGAAGUUGACAUAGAUAAUAGUGAAACUUGCAAUGCUAUUAAUGAACUUGGACAGAAUCCUUCUUCUGAUAGGAAAUUAUACAGUGGUUUUAGACGUGCUGGAACUAUGGCUGCAGCUCUUGUAAUAAAAGUUGCCGAGCAAGGUAACCGUCAUGAAGACAUUCUUAACAUCUACCCUGAGGCAUCAAAUGGGCAGAUGCCAAACCUCGACCUCAUCAAUAUUGUAAAUUAUCUCGGAGUGCAUAAACGUGGUUUGCGGGUAAAGGUGAAUAAGAUGCUGUCUCUAUUUGGCUCCAGGUGGCUUAAUACUUUGGGUGGUAUUUUGGAAUCUCUGGGACAAAUUGCUAGGAGCUUGAAUCCUCAAUGGAAGUUUGGUAUUUCUGCUACUGAGUAUGUUGAGGGCGCAGCUACACUGGCAAGUUCAUUGUAUUUACAGGGGUUGGGUGUUCCCACUGGUCCUCAUGGUGCUUUCCGUGAUUAUCAAGUUGACGCAAUCACUCUUGAAAUUUCACCAAAAGUUUCUCCCGAUAAAAUGAUCAGUCGUAGUCCGAAUGAAUUUAUUCUCCGUGGUGGAAGGUAUGUGUCACUCAUCCAAGUGUUACUUAUAACAAUCUUGGAAGAAAUAGCAGGCAAUCAAUGGAAACAUGUAGAAGUUUUGCAAUUGACACCUCCGAUAUGCCAUCCCCGGUUGAUUGAAGGAGUCGUACGCUCAAUAAACAACCUUCUUGAGAAGUUUCAUCAGUCGUUCUUUUUGUACCUCUUGACAUCUUCUAGUAAAUUUGUGUCUGUGGGAGUUUACAUGAUUCCAUUUGCAUUGCUUGUUGCACCGCUUCCGAUAGUUGCGGGAUCUCUCUAUGCCGAAGCGAGCAAAUCCACACCUUCCUCUGAAGUUGUUGUCAAACACAAUUCUUGGAAAUGGCUGAACUCAGCCAGAAAGGUUUUAGCCAUUCAUUUAUGGGGUGCUGUUGUUUCCUUACUCCCAUAUUUCCUAUAUCAAAUACCAAAUUCCACCCCAACAACAAACUUUACAGUGUGGGGUUUUCUAUCAGCUCUUAGCCUCCUAAUUUUAUACUUCGUAUUGGGUUCUCCGAUUUUCGAAUCUCCUACAUCCCAACCUGAGAAAGACGAAUGGGCCAGCUUAAAGUCUGUAACAAUAGCAACCACUUUCAUUGGUUUAUCUCUCAUGUCAGUCAUUAACUUCGCUACAGCAGAAAUCGGGGCAUUACUCAUUGUCCCGAUUUGUUUGAUCGCCCGACCAUUGAAGCUUGAUAUUCAAUCCAGGAGUUUCCGAACCUUAACGAGGGCCACAUGUAAUCUUGCUCUAGGUCUUAUUGUGUUCCCUCCGGCAGCAUUUUUUUUAGUAAAAGGCGCAUUUGAAGAUUUUUAUGGUAUUAAUGUUGGUGACUAUUGGAACUGGGUGGAAUCUCUUUGGACAUGGAACAGUGCUACUUAUCUCUAUGUAGGCAUAGUUCAUCUACCAUGCUGGGCACUUUGUAUGCAUAUUUUAUUUCAUCCUUGUUGACAUGUAAUUUUAAUCCAAUUUUUUUACUGUUUUGAUA